AUGGAGUCUUCCAUGGCGUCACUUCCGCCCGCCGAUCAGGAAUAUAUUGAGGUUCCCAUUAUCGAUGACAAUGAGCCCCUCAUCGAUGUUGUGCGCAAACUGCAAAAUUAUAUGAUACAGGCGAUUUCGGAAGUCUCAUAUUCAUUCGAGGAAUUAAGAUUCUCGCCCUGUGGACAAAAGCUUAGGUUACUGCUACACUCCUUGGCAGAGAACUCACACAACCCAUGCAUUAUCUCUGCAUUGAUGAUUCUAAAGUGGGAAUUCAAGAAUGCAGCCGAGAAUGACUGGGGUCUAAACGAGGGUCGCGGUUAUGCAUGCGAGUACGUAGCCUGGCAGUUUCUCUGUCACAUGAACCAGCGCGAGACAAUUGAAUACCUGUUGGAGGAACUACCUAGCCCAGUUCUCAAGCCCGUCAUCCUCACGCAAGCGGAGAGAGAUGCAUCAGGUAUCGCAUCGGCAGACGUCGAGCGAACGUUCCCGCGAGACGGCGAGAGAACACCCCUACUGAUGAGCUCAACUUCCUCACUGUACCGAUUCUUCGGCCCCAAAAAUCGCGCAGGGAGUACUUCAGACAUAGCCAAUUCUGGAAGUAACGUUUCCUAUGCAGACGCGUAUGAGCUUGGGAAGUAUUCCAUGUUCUUUGGCCUGAGCGCGCUGGAAAUAGCGGCCAUCGCAGAAGCGAAGAAGUUCCUCAGUCAGAAAGUCGUUCAGAAGGUCAUCGAUAACAUUUGGAACGGGGAGAUUGUUUUCUGGGACUCGCUCAGUGUUCAUUCCACCAAGAAACCACAGUUUUUCAACAAGCGGACGGCGGAUCCGUACUCCCGAUUGAGGGUUCCAGUUUACCGCAAGGCUUUUGAGGCUGCAUUCUUCGUCUCUUUCCUUUUCCUUUACUAUGCUGUUUUGGUAGAGAGGAAGUCCACCGGAAUAGGCAUCUUCGAGACAUUGAUGUACAUUUGGAUCGCUGCUUUUGCCUAUGACGAAUUCAGCGGCAUGACUGAUGCGGGGAUGGUCUUCUACCAGCUGGACUUCUGGAGUGUUUGGAACAUGGCCAUUAUUGGCACCGGUCUUGCCUUCGUCACCAUAAGGGUGAUCGGUCUUGGAAAGAAGAGUGAUUACAUCACCGACCUCUCUUUCGAUAUCCUGUCUUUAGAGGCUUUGUUUCUGGUUCCUCGGUGAGUCCGGAAGUCCCUGCGCCAGCAUGGUGAUAUGUGUUUCAGCUGCUUCUGACACUCGGGCUGAACAGGAUCUGCUCCCUGGUGAGCUUAAAUUCCUAUUUUGGGAGUCUGGUAGGCGAUCCCUGCGGAUCAUGCACGCUUUCUCGGAGUAUGGGCUAACACAGCCAUGCAUAGAUCCCAGUUCUCAAGGAGAUGGUGCAGUUACCCGGCCGCCCCGUAGUUGCAAGUGGCAAGGAAGCUGAUAGAAGUCGUCUAGACCAAAGCGUUCUUUCGAUUUGUUCCUGUGAUUGUAGUGUUGUAUCUAGGUGGGUAGCCCUAAACGACGCAGACGCAUUCGAGAACGCCUAAUGCCAAUGCAAUGGGGGUGUUCCUGCAGGGUUCUUGACUACAUUCACCAUGCUCGCCCGUGACCGC